AUGGUGGGCUGGAAGGUGGCGGUUCUCUGUCUGUGCAUCUCUUGCGGCUCCUGCGCGGGGCAGCUCGAGUACUCAGCAUUGGAGGAGACGGAGCCGGGAGUAGCUGUAGGCAACGUGGCGGCGGAUUUGAGGCUGUCAGCGGCCGCGCUGUCGUUGAGGAACUUUCGGUUCCUUUCUAGUCACCAUGAGCCCUACUUCGAAGUGGACCCGGCCAGCGGUAGCUUGGUGGUGCGGGAGCCGGUGGACCGCGAACGGCUGUGCGGGGCCAAAACUGCCUGCCUCCUGACCUACGAGCUGGUGCUGAGUGACCCACUGGAGCUGCACAAGGUGCGUGUUCACGUCCUGGACGCCAAUGACAACGCGCCUCAUUUCGCUGCUGGCGACGUGCAGCUGCACAUCCCCGAGUUCCUGACACCCGGCGCCCGGUUUACUCUUCCCGGCGCUCUGGAUGCAGACGAGGGAAGUAAUGGGGCGCUAAGCUACAGCCUGAGCCCCAGCCCCCACUUCCGCCUGGCCAUGGGGGCGCGGGCCGACGGCAGCGAGUUCCCGGAGUUGGUGCUGGAGGAAGCGCUGGAUCGGGAGCAGCGCGCCACCCACCGACUGGUGCUCACGGCGCGGGACGGCGGGCGGCCUGCGCGCUCCGGGGACGCACAAGUCACCGUCCUCGUGGUGGACACCAACGACAACGCGCCGGUGUUUGAGCGCUCUGUGUACCGCACGAAGACUCCAGAGACUGCCCCCAAUGGGACAGUACUGUUGCAAGUUCAGGCCUCGGACCCGGAUGAAGGUUCCAAUGGGGAAAUCCGCUACUCCUUAAGCAACAGCACACGAGCAGAUCUGAGACACCUCUUUCAUGUGCAUCCGAGAAGUGGGGAGGUGAGUGUAGCGGGGUGGCUAGGUCCGCCAGAAACGCUGUUGGAGGCUUACAUCGAAGCGAGGGAUGAGGGCGCCUUUGGCCUAGCAAGCACUGCUAAGCUGCUGGUGGAAGUGACAGACGUCAACGAUCAUGCCCCGGAGGUGAACUUCGUGACUUUAUCCAGCCCUGUUUCUGAGAACACUGCUCCUGGCACAGUGAUUGCGCUUCUCAGUGUAAGGGAUGAGGAUCUCGGUCCCAAUGGUCGGGUCACUUGUAGCAUGUCCAGUGGAGGCCCUUUCCAGCUGAAGGCUUCUUUUGACAACUAUUAUAGUCUUCUGACUGAUGGGGCACUGGACCGGGAGCAGACCAGUGAAUACCGGAUCUUGAUCACAGCCUCAGACGGCGGGUCGCCCCCACUUAGCACCCGCAAGACACUCACUGUGUCAGUUGCCGAUGUGAACGACAAUACACCAAGCUUUGCGCAACAACAACAGGAACUCUUUGUGGCAGAAAACAACGGCCCUGGUGCCUCCUUGGGGCGCGUGUUUGCUCAGGAUCCGGACCUGGGGGAGAAUGGCCUUGUCUUUUAUAAACUCUUGGACGUUAACUCUGAAGACCUACCAGCCUCCAGCUUGGUGGUGGUGGAAUCCUCCUCUGGGGCGAUCACUGCCAAAACUUCCUUUGACUUUGAGCGACUCAGGGGGUUUCCCUUUCAGGUAGAAGCCAGGGAUGGUGGCAUCCCUCCCCGAAGCACAACGGUGAGUGUGAACGUGUUUGUAGUGGAUAGGAACGACAAUGCUCCAGUCAUCUUGUUUCCCUUGCCCAGGAAUGGCUCUGUACCAGUGGAAAUUGUUCCUCGCACUGCCAGAAGUGGGCACUUGGUCACAAAAGUGGUAGCCGAGGAUGCAGACAGUGGCUCCAAUGCCUGGCUUUCCUACCAUGUCUCUCAGGCUUCUGAUUUUAGCCUUUUCAGAAUUUCGACUAGUAUGGGAGAACUUCGGACAGCUCGCUUAGUUCUUCCCACUGAUGCAGUUAAGCAGCGAGUGGUGGUGGUGGUUCAGGACCAUGGACAUCCACCACUUUCCUCCUCGGUCACCUUGGGUGUGCUGUUGAGCAACUCUGUGCCUCAGGUCCUUCCAGACUUUGAAGAUGCCUGGGAAACAGGAGGGCAGCUUUCUGUCCAGAACUUGUAUUUAGUCAUUGCUCUAGCCUGCAUUUCCUUUUUAUUUCUGGGGUGCGUGCUUUUCUUUCUGUGCAGCAAAUGGAACCAGAGCCUAGUUUGUAGCUCACUGAGCUGUUGUGCAGCUUGCUGUAGCUCUCCAGAGGAGGUGACAUAUGCAAAGAAGAGGACUUCAAAUCCCUGCAUGGCAUCAACCACAAUAGAUGUCACUACAGUUGAGAGACUGUCUCAGACCUAUCUCUAUCGGGCCUCUCUGGGACUUGGUUCUGAUAAUAAACAUUUGCUAUUGCCUGGGAAAUACAGUGCUGCUGACCUGAGAAAUCUGUCCACUGGGGUAGGAUUGAAUUUGCCGAUAUCCUGUAUUCAGAUUCGAAAUAGGAAAGGAGAUCACACGAAUGCCAAUGCUAUGGUAAGCAAAUAUUUUUUGGAAUAUUCCUUAUGUAAGCCUUCAUGA